AUGCUACCUCAACCUGUGGACAACGAAACUAGAAUGCACAUGCCUAUUGAUCAUAGCCAAUCUACGGACGACGAAACGCCAGGCAGCUUGACGGCGGGCUACAAUUCAGAAAACAGCCGUGCAUCGGCGGGUAUAUCCCUUCUCACGCCGUCAGAACAAACCAUCAGAAGCCGUAUAUAUUUUUCUCAUGUGGAAGAUAUUCAAGCCAACAUGAACCCCAGCCCAAACCCAAACCCCCAAAGAUCAGGCGACUCGGGAAGCAUACUUAAAGAGGACAAGGUUGCAUCAGAAGCAAAAGUAGAGCGCUUAAGCACAAUUGCCUCUUGGUGGUGGUGGUGGGAGAUAGGAGGCUCGGUUCUGAGUCUCGUUAGCAUAAGCUUAAUUAUCCCUGUGUUGAAACAGGUUGACGAUCAGCCAGUUGAAAUGUGGCCGUAUUCUAUCCGACCAAACUCUAUGGUAGCUAUUCUCACCACGAUCACCAGAACAGCGAUGAUGAUUCCUAUCGCGUCUUGCCUCAGUCAACUCAAAUGGGACCAUUUUCAAUAUCGAGCCAACCCACUCCAUCACUUGCAGCUCUACGACGAUGCAAGUCGAGGGCCAUGGGGCUGUUUUUUAUUGCUACUCACUGGCCGCCUCAAAGCUGUUGCAGCAUGGGGAUUGGCUCUAGUCACAUUGGUUGCACUGGCCAUCGAGCCGACAGCCCAGCAGAUGUUAGAGCAGCAGAGCAGGCAGGUACUUUUAACAAACGUCACGGCCCAAGUAGGACGAGCUGGUAAUUAUACGUCAAAGGCUGUAUGGUCUAAUUCGAUACAGAUUUACAGAGGUCCGCGUGAUCCGAAUCCUGACUUAUUGAAGCUUCAGACGACUAUUGCGAACGGCGCCGUAGGUUCUGUCCAAGAAGUUAACUUCUAUUGCCCCGAACCAGCUGCGAAGUAUCAAUACAUGUACACAUUCGAAUUCCCCCAAGGAGAGCCCAUAGAGAUGGCAUGGCAGAGGAUAAACGGAGGCAGCUCGCUAUUCAACACGUCACGAACCUGGAAUAACUUAGACGGUGUUAUAGAAGGUGUGCUAAAUGGUGUUAACAAUACAGAUCAAAGCAGUGAAAUCCCGUUCACGAACGCCGAAGCCUUCACCAUUACCUUGGAUUUCUGCGUCGGGACCUACCACAGUGUUGUCGCAACGCCCGCCGGGAUCCAAGAGGCCAACUAUACCACCGAAAAGCUCCUCGGCUAUGACUGGUCUCAAGAGGGAGCCGGAAGCCCGUCCCUUUAUUUCACAUACGACACGUUCUACACAAACUCUUCUAGGGAACUCUUCAACAUAAGCGUCUCCUUGCGAAACGGGCUCUUCGAACACGUCAACAGGCUCUUCUCAACGGGUCUAACUUCGCCUCUAACAGACGAAGCCGCCAGCGCGGACUUCAGCUUUGGCGAGUUUAUGUACCACGCGAAUCUAACCAAUUUCACCAAGAACAUCGAGGACACUCUCUCGAACCAGAUACGCAGUUCCGCACCCGGCGACAACAGAGACGCCCUGACGUGGCCCGGCCAGGCGUUCCACCAGGAGACAUACUGGCACGUCCAUUGGCCGUGGAUUAUCUUGCCGGUAGCCGAGGUCCUUAUAACAGCGGUGCUGCUUUCCGUCUCCAUCGUGCUGACCAGGAACCAACCCCUUCUCAAGUCUUCGCCGCUAGCUCUGCUCUUUCACCCUCUUGACGGCUACGGAGGGGACGAGCCGGUACAUAGUAUGAGAGAAAGCAUUGGAAACUUAGAGGAGCUAGCGAAAGGGGUUUAUGUGGAGUUUAGAGAGGAUGACUAUGGUUUGUUGAAGUUUUUCCCUGUGGAGGAUAGGGGUUUGGCGAAUUAG